CCGGUGAACGAUCAACACAUUGUUACCACAGGACGGGAGUUGCCCAUUUUAUCUGGCUGCAGAGUUGUAAUAGUGGCCCGGUGGGAAGUGUUAUGUGCAGUAGAUGCGGGGCUCUUAGGAUGACGUCAUGGACGCGACAAUAUGUGUCACAUGUCCCUUAGCCUGUCUCUGGCAUAGUGCAAACAGUAUUGGAGGUUCCCAUUCCCAUCUCUCCUGGGUCAGAGAAGGAAAGUUAUUGGUUUGCUCUUUGCCAGUAUGACAUUGGUUCAUAGAAGGAUACUGGAAGAUGCGGCUGCCAUAAAAUGAACGUUGUUUGUCUCUGGAUCUCGUUAGCGCCCUGAAGCACAGGCAUGUUUCGCUGGAGCAGUGCGUUCCGUUUCUCACUGAGACUGCAUCAGGCCCACAGUAUAAAAACUGAACUAUUGGUGGACCAUUUAAAGAAAUGCAGCAAUGAAUACCAGGUGUUGCAGCUGAUUGGGAUGAAUAGGACCAGGCUUACUGUAGACCAUGUGAGUUGUGCAAUGACCUUACUUUGGAAUAUUCAGGAAGGGAAACCCAGUAGGUGGGCAACUCUAAGCCAUGUUCGAGAUCACCCGGAAUUUUCUGCGCUUCGUGCUCUAGCACACCAUAACGUAGAGCUAAUGAAUGAUAACGACCUGGUGGAUGUGCUGUAUGCCCUUAUAAGAUUUCAGGUGGAAGCUCACGAUCCUUUAGUACAACAGCUAGUAGUUGAAGGCUGGAAAAGAUUAGAAUGCCUUGACCUUCAAGUACUGUCUAAAUUUGCGUAUUGCUUGAAAAAACAAGAUAUGACCAGCAGCCCACUUAUGGGACAAAUAGCCAACAUCGUGGGCAGGAGUCUGGACGAUACAAGCGAUGCCACAGCACUUUCCAAUUUUUUGACCAGCUUAAGCACCGUGAGCUCACCGGAUCUGCAAGAGCGCCUGAUCAAAAAGACAGAAUCUGUAAUUGAAAAAUUGAAUGCCAGUAAUUUCAGGCACGCACGCAGGGUUAUGCAUCUGUUUCCUAAAUAUAAAUAUUCCUGUGCCUCCCUGCUGGAUAAAUGCGACCAGUUCUUCCAACACAAUAUAAAUGCAUUUGAUAGGGACAGCCUUUGUAGUAUUACUGCAAUGUAUCAUUCUCUGCAUCUCUACAAUACGGACUUCCUUGUAAUGGCAAAGGAAAAGCUGAUGGGGAUGGUGGACCUGUGUAAUGAUGCUUCCAGUUUUGCAAAACUGUAUGCUACCUUAGGCUGUAUGACAUCAGAAGAAGAGCGAAAAAGACUCGAUGAGAAGCUACUGACAUAUGCAGAUGAAAUGCAACUUGCCCAAUUACUUGCUGUUUUGAAAGCCAUGGAAGACACUGAAUGCACAAAUAUCAUUCUCAUCAACAAAAUCGCCUCCCUCUUGCAGAAACACUUGCAUGUCUGUAAACCAGCACAACUAAAACUCAUAACGGAGAGCUUGGUGCAGCUGCAAUACCAAAAUGCCGUCUUCUUUAAAGAACUGCAAAUGCAUUUAAAAAGGAAUAUAAUAUCAAAUUACAAACCAUUUGAAGUGGCAGCAAUGAUUAGAUCCCUGUCCCUGUUGUUAGAUGACCAAGUGGAUGAAGCUGUCAUUGCUAAGAUUAAUGCUAUAAUUCCGCAGUGCACGUUACCAAACUUGGAAAAGAUGGCGGUCUUCCUCACACAGUUGCAGAAGGUUCACAUUAGUAAGUAUGAAUCUGCAACUUACAAGAAACUUCUAAAGAAAAUGAACCACUAUGGACUCGAGAGAAUUCAGAAAAUGGAGAACAUUGAUCACCUUCUGAAUGAAUUAAGGCAUAUUGAGACUAUGCAUUGGAUGACGACAGGGCUUAGAGUGGGAAUGCUGGACAGCUGCCAGCGUUUGCUCUAUCAGGUCACCUGGAGAAACGUUACACAGCUUUCUGUAUUCGUUAUGCAAAUGAACACUCUAAGGAGUUCUUUUUAUGAGAAAAUUACAUCCGUGGUCAUGGAGGAUAUUACAAAGAUUCAUCCUUCCUACAUUUAUUUAAUUACACGUCCUUUCAGUAUGUUGAAUUAUGACUCCUCUCAAGAAAAAGAGUUCUUUAAUUUGUGCAUACAAUAUGUACUAGAUCAUUUGGAUUCAUUCAGUCCGUCCUUCUUGACGAUGGUGGGUUUCAAUUUUGCUUUAUCUGGGUAUUUUCCAAAGGACCUAAUCAAAGCUAUUUUCAAUACUCCGUUCCUGAGCAAACUGGAUGCAUCUACAAGCAUCCUUCUCCCUAAUCAUAACUUGAACACGCGGCUGUUUCUUAUGAAGCUAAAUCGGGCAGUCUGUAUCGAGCACCCAGAAUAUUUGAUACCGUGGUUCCAUUCUUCUUUCUGUAAGCAGGUGCAGAGAAGUGAGAUAACUUCCACACAUACGGAGAUUCAUCAGUUAUUGGGAGAAAUUCUUGGAGGAACAAAUUAUACAAAAAUGUCUGUCUUAACGCCAUACAGUUAUUCAAUAGAUUUUGAAUACAUUCUGGACAGCAACAAAAAGCCAAUUGAGUACAUGGAGGAUAAUAGUAUUUCUGCUAACUGGUUAAAAGAGCAUGAGCUUAGCAGUCAAGUUCAGGAAAACAAGCCACUACCCCAAGGCGCUCAAAGAUUUGCAGUGGUCUUGCUUAGACCAAGGGUGAUCGUCAGAUAUUCUUCUCAUCUAAAAGGACCAUAUGUGAUGAUGAAAAGGCAUUUGGAGAUCUUGGGGUACCAUGUAGUUCAGAUCCCUCUUUAUGAAUGGAAACAGCUGACAUUAGAAUCGGAAGUGACCCAGAAAACCUACCUUAGGAAGAAGAUAUUUCCUGAUAACUUAUAAAAUGUAUUUUUCAUUAUUAAUAAAAACUGAUUUUUACUGAA